AAUCAAAUUUAAAAAACUUCAACUCAUCUCAAACCCGAAAAUCAUCCAAAAAAGAAAACCGCCAAAUUUUCACACCGCGCUUCCUCCAAAAAUUUCAAAAUUUCCCCAUUUGCAUAAUCACCAAAACCUCAAAAAUAACCCCAAAUCCAAAAACACAAAUUCAAAUUCUCCAACAAAAACCUCACACCUUAACCUAGUUCUAGUUCUAGUUCUCGUUCUUGUUCUAUCUCUUCUUCUCUCAAAUAACCAUUCUCAUAAUAAUAAUUAUCAUGGUGAGAGAACACAGAGUCGAUUCCUUCUACACAAAACUCCGUCAAUCCGCCCACUCAUCCUCCGCCACAUCCCCCGUCCUCAUCUUCCCUUCAACCUCCGACGUCGAUUCACUCUGCUCACUCAAAAUCAUUUUCAAAAUCCUUCAAUCCGAUUCAAUUCAAUACGCUUGUUACCCCGUUUCGUCUUUUCGUGAAAUUCACAAUUACGCUAAACCUACAACCCUUGAUUCUGAUCCUAUUUCAAUUCUUUUAAUUAAUUGGGGCUCUCAUAGAGAUCUACGGAAAAUUCUUAACCUAGGUCCAAACGCAACCGUUUUUGUAAUUGAUAGUCACCGUCCGAUUCAUCUUCAUAAUCUUAGUGACCAGAAUGAUAAAGUUGUUGUUCUUUUUACACAAGAAGAUGAAAAACAAGCGGAUCUUGCUUAUGAUUUUGAGUUUCCUUUAACUGCUCUUGCUAAUGCUUCUACAACAAUUGACUCCGAUUCUGACUCUGAUUCAGGGUCGGAUUCGGAGUCUGAUUCGGAUUCAGAACACGAAGAUGAACAAGAAUCGAGAAAGAAAAGGAAGCGAAAGAGAAAUUCGGAAGAUGGUGAACCGGGAGAAGAACAAGAACAAGAAGAAGAAGAGAGGCAAGAUCCGGUUAAACUGUAUAGAAAGAGGAAGAAAGAGUAUUAUCGAUUGGGGACUUUUCACGGUAAGCCUUCGGGUUGUUUGAUGUAUGAACUUGCGCAUUUUCUUAGGAAGAAUACCGAUGAAUUGCUUUGGUUAGCGUGUUUGUCGUUAACGGAUCAAUUUGUUCAUGAGAGGUUAAGUGAUGAGAGGUAUAGUGAUGGUGUUAUGGAGUUGGAACAGUAUAUUAAUAGUUCUGGUAAUUUAGAUGCUGUUAAUUCGGUUACUUUGAAAGAUGGAACGAAAAUUAGGGCACCGAAUUCGUCUAGGAUUGCUUAUGAGGAUGAACCGAAGCUGAUGUUGUUGCAGGAGUGGAAUUUGUUUGAUUCGAUGCUUUGUAGUUCGUACAUUGCGACGAAGUUGAAGACGUGGAGUGAUAAUGGGAUGAAGAAAUUGAAGCUUUUGUUGGCUAGAAUGGGGUUUGCUCUUUCUGAUUGUCAACAGAAGUUUCAGUAUAUGAAUGUUGAGGUGAAACGGAAGAUGAAACGCGAGUUUGAGAAGUUUUUGCCUGAAUAUGGACUUACUGAUUUUUAUUAUCGCGGGUUUUUGAGGAUUCAUGGUUAUAGUUCAAAAGUUUCUGCUGCUGAUGUUGUUUAUGGGGUUACUGCACUUUUGGAAUCGUUUGUGAAUUCGGAUGGUUCUUGUGCUUCAAUGCAGUUUAAUGUGGCGUUUGAUGCACUUUCUUUGAACAAUGUUGAUAAACUUAAAGUUGGGAUGCAACAAGCUAUUAAGGUUCAGAGAGCGAUUUUGAGGCAGGGAAGUGUUGCGAUUACAAAAAACGGUUACAUUCGAAGUGGAAGGAAGUUUCGAUGGGUAAAACUUGAGGAUUCUGCAGAGUCGAGAUUGUUGGGGUAUCCUCAAGCUUUGACAAAGUUUUGUUAUUUUCUAAUGGAUGCUUUGAGAGAAAAGGGUGCAAGGAUGAAGCCUUUGAUUUGUGCUUGUAUGUCUCAGGAACCAAAUAAAGUUCUUGUUGUUGGGGUCUGUGGGAGGCCACGUUUGGCUGCUGCUCAAGGAAACGCAUUUGGGGUUGCGUUUAGAAGUGCGGCUGAAGACGUUGACAGUGAGUUUUUCCAUGAGUUGUUUGAGUCUUCUUGGAUUGUGUUAGAAUCUAAAUCAGUUAAUUCUUUCAUGGUUAAGUUGACUGAGAAACUUUGAUGCUGUGUUGAGCUUAGUGACUCAUUUAUCUUAGUUUGUUGUACUAUGAUUUAUAGUAACCUUGUUUUAAAUUUUACUACCUUUUACACUGUCACCACCUGAUUUGUUGAGUUGUUACUUUCAUGUAAACAUAUUAUCAUUACAAUUUCAAACUGAUGUUUGAAUCACGAGUUCUUCCUCGACUUAGUUCACAUAUCAAGCUCCAAAUUUUCAAUUAACAAUGUUAGAAUGUAAUGUUGAAAAUGAACUAUUGUUGUAGAGUUUUUUUAUUUUAAUUUUUGAAGUAUUGCAAGUUAAUUGUAAUGAAUCCACUUACAUGAAAUGGAAGUUCAAAUGUGUUUUUAUUUCA